ACUCGCUGUAGUAAUUCCAGCGAGAGGCAGAGGGAGCGAGCGGGCGGACCAGCCGGAGGGAACCUAGCGAGCCGGGCGAGCAGAGGCGCGCUCCGGGCGCCCGGGGCUGAGAUCCGGAGUGAAAGCGGGGCUUCACCUCCGGCCCAGCCUCCGCCUCCCCACCCUGCCCGCCGACCCCGGGCCAGCGACCCGCCGCCCUCGCCGCAGCCACGAAAACUUUGCCUAUUGCAGCGGGCGGGCACUUUCCCCUGGAACUUACAACACCCCGGCGAGAACGCGACUCUCCCAAGGAGCGGAGAUCUUCUAUUUGGGGGGACACUUCUCCGGGCCGCUGCCUACGACCCGCUCCUCUGCAAGGCGCUCCUCGCCCCCUUUUGGAACCUGGAUUUCCUUCGGAGAGUGGGAAACCCGGCCGCCGCGAUGCCCCUCAACGUCAGCUUCGCCAACAGGAACUAUGACCUCGACUACGACUCGAUGCAGCCCUAUUUCUUCUGCGACGAGGAGGAGAACUUCUACCACCAGCAGCAGCAGAGCGAGCUGCAGCCGCCCGCGCCCAGCGAGGACAUCUGGAAGAAAUUCGAGCUGCUGCCCACGCCGCCCCUGUCGCCCAGCCGCCGCUCCGGACUCUGCUCGCCCUCCUACGUCGCCUUCGCGUCCUUCUCCCCGCGGGACGUGGACGACGGCGGCGGCGGCGGCGGCGGCGGCAGCUUCUCCACCGCCGACCAGCUGGAGAUGGUGACCGAGCUGCUGGGAGGGGACAUGGUGAACCAGAGCUUCAUCUGCGACCCGGACGACGAGACCUUCAUCAAAAACAUCAUCAUCCAGGACUGCAUGUGGAGCGGCUUCUCGGCCGCCGCCAAGCUCGUCUCCGAGAAGCUGGCCUCCUACCAGGCUGCGCGCAAAGACGGCGGCGGCCGGAGCCCCGCCCGCGGGCAGGGCGCCUGCUCCACCUCCAGCCUGUACCUGCAGGACCUGAGCGCCGCCGCCUCCGAGUGCAUCGACCCCUCCGUGGUCUUCCCCUACCCGCUCAACGACGGCAGCUCGCCCAAGCCCUGCGCCUCCCCCGACUCCACCGCCUUCUCCCCGUCCUCGGACUCUCUGCUCUCCUCCACCGACUCCUCCCCGCGGGCCAGCCCCGAGCCCCUGGCGCUCCACGAGGAGACACCACCCACCACCAGCAGCGACUCCGAGGAAGAGCAAGAGGAUGAGGAAGAAAUCGAUGUUGUUUCUGUGGAGAAGAGGCAGCCCUCGGCCAAGAGGUCAGAAUCAGGGUCCCCCUCUUCCAGAAGCCACAGCAAACCGCCCCACAGCCCGCUGGUCCUUAAGCGGUGCCACGUGUCCACCCACCAGCACAAUUACGCGGCGCCCCCCUCCACCCGGAAGGACUACCCCGCCGCCAAGAGGGCUAAGUUGGACAGUGGCCGCGUCCUCAAACAGAUCAGCAACAACCGCAGAUGCGCCAGCCCCAGGUCCUCGGACACGGAGGAGAACGACAAGCGGCGGACGCACAACGUCCUGGAGCGCCAGAGGAGGAACGAGCUGAAACGCAGCUUCUUCGCGCUGCGCGACCAGAUCCCCGAGUUGGAAAACAACGAGAAGGCCCCCAAGGUGGUGAUCCUGAAGAAGGCCACCGCCUACAUCCUGGCCAUCCAAGCGGAGGAGCAGAAGCUCCUCUCGGAGAAGGACUUCUUGCGGAAACGGCGCGAACAGUUGAAACACAAACUUGAACAGCUGCGGAACUCUUGUGCCUAAAACUGGACCUCCGGGAGGGAGGGACUGGGACCGCUCGAGACUUCGCCCUCGUUACGAAGGGAAAGGACGGGAGAAGGUUCCUCCUGGCAUCACUGCAGCAUCCAUUAAGACACGAACUUGUUGCAACUGCGCAUGGUCAAGUGCAAACCGCACAACCGUGGCUGGGUCUUCAGACUGAAAGGUUUAGCCAUAAUGUAAACUGCCUCACAUGGAACUUUGGGCAUAAAAGAACAUUUUUUUAUGCUUGCCAUCCUUUUUUUUGUUUUGUUUCCUUUAACAGAUUUGUAUUUAAGAAUUUUUUUUUUAAAUCUGAAAAAGUUUUACCCAAUUUUUCCGUGUAAAUAUAUCCCUCAUUAAAUGUAAAUAACUUUAAUAAGACGUUUAUAACUAGUUAUACGAAAUUUCAAUGUAUUAUAAAACAAUUUUUUUUAUUUAAAUACAUGUUUCUUUUUUAAAUUGAUUUUUUUUAUUGUUUUUAGAAAAAAAUAAAAUAUCGCAAAUAUAUAAUGGAGCCAAAUCUUAAA